UAUAUUCAGAAUGUGAGCGCGCAUGAAUGACGGCUGCUGUAGUUGUACUGCGCGCUGCACUACGCAAGCGUUCCCUUUAUCGGAUCAGAAUCAGCACUGUGGAGCUGCGGCAUUGCGCGCGGUGACAAGCUGCUUACAGCGGAGAAACAUAGCUGCGGUGCAUUGAGAUGGUAUAGAGCCAGUAUAACUCUCUCUCUCUCUCUCUCUCUCUCUCUCUCUCUCUCUCUCUCUGAUCCUCUGGAGAAGUGAGCCGCAGCUCUCCCGGUGCUGGCUGGUGCGCAGCUAAGCGCAAGAGAGUCUCUGGAGUCACCAAGAACCAUCAGCACUGAGACCCGGAUAUGACAGACUGACAAUCUAAUUUUUAGUCAUUUAAAUCCACAAUCAUCUAUGGUUCUGAAAGAAAGCCCCCUCAUAUGGGGGGUCAUCCUGUGCUCAUUGACAUGGACCUUGGCUUGGACUUUCACUCCAGAUGAAGUGUCUUCAGUCAGUUCAAUAUUUCACAGGACCACUCCACCUGCCACUGAGACAGGGAUGAACAACUCUGAGCCCCCCACCACCAAUUACACAGUGACAGGCCUGAGCUGUGCAUCACUGCUUCCCCCUCGGCGAGGUUCUUUCUAUGUAGAGAAGGGCACUGGAAUGUCUGUGGGCUCAGUGUUGGUGUUCUGGUGCCUCGAGGGAUACCAGCUGGUGGGCAGUGAGAAAAUCUCCUGCAUCCUGCAUAGAGACACCCCUCAGUGGAGCAACUACCCACCUGACUGUGAAGCCAUUCCCAAACCAGAGGACAGAGGACUGAGAGUGGCUGUUCUUGCAUCGGUAGUGAGCAGCAUCGUCAUCCUCGCCAUGUCUGUGUCCUUCAUCAUCUGCUGUCUGCAGGAGCGCAUGAGCAAAGAGAGGAUAGAACGGACAGACAGUAGGAGCAGGUCGAGAGACAAGCAUAAAUCGUCCUGGAGAAGCGAGUGCUGGCUUGAAAGAGAGGAAGGAGACUGGGAGGCUUUUCCUCCACCAAAAAUGUACAAUCUAUCGCAGCACCUUGACCCACAUCUGUCCCUUGACAGCCCGGUCUAUAUGGGAGGGUUAGAUGGUUAUGAUAACUGUGGCUAUCAGAGGAGUCAGGAAAAUCUCCUUAAGGCGCCUCUUCCUGGACUCUAUCGUACAGAGAGUCAGGUGUAUCCACAUGUGGUCCUGCAGAGGGUUCCCACACCCACGGUUCCCACUGCACCAACUGCGCCCAGCGCGCCCAUCUACCUCCGACUCUCCACUCCUCCACCCACAGAAAGCCACACCGAACGGCCCGUUCUACCCCCGUACCACAAACCCAGUGGCACCCCACAGCGUCCGUGGCCAUAGCAGCACAGUUAUGUGUAUACAGAACUUUUACAACUGUUGCCACGGAGACGGCUUAUGGCCGGCUCCUGAGAAAAAGCCCAGGCAUGACGGAGAGAAGAUGGACUCAAGCUUUGUCUGAUUUCAGUAACCGAGAUUCAGUUCAGGCAGUAUUUUGCUCUGAUCUUCUACUCUGUGUAGUAACAUUUAAUAUAUUUUGUGUGUAAGAACAUUUCUAAACAUUUCAAACACACUUUUGCUAACCAGUCCCUUAGGUCAAGUGGGUCAAGUCGAGUUUUCAUUGAGAGGAAGAUUCAGCAAUUAUAUUUGGUACUGUAUUUACUGAUACAGUAAACAUUGGUUAUUAAUGUUUUGAGGUAGUAACUUUUAAAAUUUGUGUCUAUUGUGGCAGACGUUUGAACUGUUUGCACUUAUCAGAGUAAUCACCUCCUCUUUAUUGUUCUGUCUUUCAAACAUUUGGAAUAUAUAUGUCAUAUCACACUAUAAUGUAAUUUUUAAAAUUUUUAAAAAAUGGAAAUAUACUGUAGGACAGUUGCACAGAUGUCCAAAUAUGGAAUGACCUUGGGAUCUUAUCAAUCUGCAGUAUUAUACUUAAAAAGAUUGAAUCUGUUUCAUGUCUUUUUUCUGUCCAGAACAUCAAUAAUCAUGCAAAUAUUUGAAUAGAGAUUUUUCAUAUGGCAGUCUUAUGAAGUGCUACCUUUAAACACUGAACAGUUCUGAACAGUGGGUCUGUGAUGUUUAGUUCUGUAAAAUAAAUGACUAAUUAAUGAUAGGGUGUAAUUAACUCUCCCAUUGCGAUCAUCUUUUUAAAUACCACAUAGUUUUAAGUACGGGAGCCAAACUUUGGGACUUUAUCAAUAC